AUGUCCUGCUCCACACACUCACAGACACGACCCCGCGACCAGGCUCCGUCACCAGAAACUCCUCGCCGUGCCUCAGCCAAGCGAACGUACAAUGAUAUGGACGACAAUCGUAGUGAGACAUCGGAGUAUCUGCCUGUCAAGAAGGGCAAGAAGCGUGCAGCCUCGGUGAUCACGAGAUCGGACCCGGUCGAGAGCUCAUCUACGGCAGAGAGGCGGAAGAGGAAGCGACAGAGGCGGGAUUCUGCUGCCGCUGAUAGUCCACCCACGGGCGCGAAGGAGGACCUCGAGCUGUUACUUACGCAAGGUGCUCCGACAGAUGGUUUGGAUGCCACAGUCAAGCACGCGAGACGUGCCAGACACGCCAAACGACGAGAGACUGCGCUUCAACAGCUCGAACGUCUGCAGUCGGAAAAUGCGAGGCUUGCAGAGCGACUCGCCAAGUCUGCUGACGAUGUCAAGAAAGCACACCUUGAUAGCCUACUGCGUACCGAUGGCGAGGAGAAGAAAUAUGAGGAGCUGAACCGGAAGCAUAGAAGACUCCAGGGCUUGUACAGCGAAAAGAGCCAACUUCUCGAGGAGAAGUCGGCUCUGGUGCCUCAAUUGGAGACGGCGCUGAAAAGCACCAAGGAUAGCGUAGUCAGUCUGCGAGUCAGCGUCACGAACCUUAUGUCGCAGGUAUCGAAGCAUGACCGGGAGGUGAUGGGAUAUGAGGAUGCGAUGAAAACUGCUCAGGAGGAUAUCGAGGCGCUGAGAAGGAUCGAGAUUGAUGUGCGGGCUGAGCAGGACCGAGCGGAGGAGAAGUAUGAUACUUUGCCACCUGCUUAUGGCAGCCUGCCCGAGCCCGAACCCAGGUAUCAUGGAGUCGUGCCUCACGAGGCUGUGGAUAGUGGCGCCCUCAACAUCGCGAACCUUAAGCACACGGUACGGACAGAGUUUGUGGCAAACGUGAAGAUGUUCCGGAAGAUGCAGGAUAGUCUUCGGAGCAAGGCCAUCGGCUGCAUCGAACAUAACAACGCCGACGGAGCAUACAUUCGAGGUGUGCAUGAGGCCUUUGGAGACGCUUGCAGGAAUGUAGGAGCAGUUAUGGAUCGCGCUGUUGUGGCUAUAGGCGAUUUUACGUCACUCAGGGCCAUCGUUCAUGGUGAGGAGCCAACGGGUGGGCUCACUAUCGCAGCCGCUUUUCGUGAAGAGCUACAGAAGUCGGAAGCUUGCCACGGCUUCGUCGCAGACAGGACCGCUAAGCUCCUUCUAGACCUCGCACUCCGUCUCGUCUCCGCCCUGGAACUUCGACCUUUGCAUGUUGGUGCUGCGUUUGGCUACGAGGAGAAGAAUGAAAUUGCCUUGGUCUGGUCCUCUUUCGAUGCCACACUUUCCAAGUCUCUUCGCUGCCUCUCCAAGGUGACCGGCGGCACUACUUCUUCUCGGAUCAUCGAGACCUGCAUUCAACUUCAAACGUACCUGGCUCAGGUCAAGGCGCUGCAGGAGGUCAUGGGAAGUGUGAGCUUAAGGACAGGGGUGGGGUACUAUGGAUCCUUUGCAAGAUAUGGGGAGGGCAAGUAUCUUGGUGAGACUUCCGAGUGGCUUGUGGACCAGCUUGAAGUGUGGAGGACCAUCGCGGCGAAGACGGCAGAUGAAGAGGCGCUGGCGAGGAGGGAAAGCGAGCACGCAAGCUUGAUACCUGCAACACUGACGGAACUUAUGAUUUCGAGUCCGCCACCAGAACAGGAUCCUGAGGCCAAUCGCAACGUGCCGGCUACCAUGCACACCCGUACACUAAGUUCAUUGGCGCUGCAUGAGGAAAUCACUGCCGCCACGGAUGACGUCGUUGCUCAGCAUGCCACCACACGACAAGAUGCUCAGGCCGUCCACGAUGCACCAGCCACUACCCAGUCUCCUACAAGGAGCCCGUCCGUAGUCCGUGGUAUGAUUACGGCUGCGCAGCAACGACUCCACAACACACGAGAUGGACAGGAUGAAGAAGCGGAAAUCUCUAGCGUUGGCACGCCUCACAACAGCGACGACGAUGGUGACGAGCUGGCACAUGACGGCUCCAUAGUUGAUCCUGUUGGCGAGCGUGGGUCACGUAGAGCAUUGACGAGGCGUUGUUCGCGCUUACGGUCUUUUGCUCAGCGUGGGAAUAACAGUCGUCCACGUCGUCUGACGCCUAUGGAGAGGCACGAUGAGGAGUUCAUGUCUGAUACACUAUCCAACAGUGAUAUUGGCGACAUGGCUGACGAGGCUUUUGGGUCUAGUGACGGGGAGCGUGUAUAA